GUGAGAAUACUGGUGAAAAUCAAAACAGUAGUACACGUGCUGAGAGGCCGGACCACAUUGUGUCUACGGGGUCGAAUUAUGUGUAUUUUAUAAACUUCUUCGAGAAUUGCCUUAAUGUCUAUACUACUAGGAGAUUUAUAUUCGUAAAAAGUUUCAGGAAAAAGAUAAGAAUACAAUGCAUCAGACUGACUAUCCUCCUUCAACACGAUACUGGGGCACAGUAGCUAGUGAAGAUGCUCUUGGUAAUGAUGCAAAUCCUGCAGAACCAAACAAUCAAGCUUCAGUUCUCCUGGCUCAACUUAAUGAACGGGCUAGACUGAGAAAGGCUAGGAAACUUGAUUUGGAAGUUGGAUUAAAUGAGGGUGAAGGUAAUUAUGUGAAAGAAAAUGAAAAUCACUCUGAGGAGAGUUACGUCAAACAGAUCAGAAUGAUGUCAGUCUUACAGCAGUUACUGAUGCAGAAGAAACCUUUAUAAAUGGAGAAGAAAGUGAUGAAGAUUCACUCCUCAAAAAGAAGAAGAAACAUUCAAAAUAUGUGGAGAAGGAUAUUGGGGAUAAAACAUCACAAAUGAAUGAAAAAGUAGAGUUUAAUAAAGAUUGCCCUCAUAAAAAAGGGAAAAAGCAUAAGCUCAGAACUGAAAGUAUAAACCUCGAAGCUGAUCCACUAGAAGAUAACAGACAAGCUGACAGCAAUACCUCUGCUUUAGGAGAGAAUAAUACGGUAGAAGGCAUAGGUCCUUUUAUUGACAGCAGUUUUGGGGCAUUGUCUGAAAAAGAGAAAAAAUGCAAGAAAAGAAAAAAAACAGAAUCUGAGGAUGAUUCCCAGCUUGAAGGAGGAGAUAUGGAACCAAGCACACAGUUGUCAGAAAAUAAUAAAAAGAAGAGGAAAGUCAAUGAACAAAGUACAAAUUCUUUGACUCAUAACAAUAAUGCAAGUGAUGAAAAUGCAAAAAAUCUGACUAUGGAAAAUGGAGUUGCAGACAGUGAUGCUGAUACUGAUGAGGGGGAUUUUGAGCCACCUGAAGCAAGUAAAUUGCAAAC